CUCUGUAUUUCACAUCCUCUUUCCUGUUGUUUUUCUCGUUUUUUCCAAUCUCUAAAAUGAAUCCUAACGAGUCCAAAACUGAAUCAACUCCUCAAGCACCAGCUUCCGACACUUCUCCACCUGAGGGGCAAUGGUCCACCGGUAUAUGUGGUUGUUUUGAUGAUGUGACCAGCUGCUGUGUUACCUGCUGGUGUCCCUGCAUUACCUUUGGCCGCACUGCUGAGAUAGUUGACAAGGGAAAAAUAUCUUGUUUUACCGCGGCCCGAAACUGUUUCAUGCUUGCCUAUGUUUUUGGAAUUGGCGCAUGUAUAUACACAUGCACAUACCGAGCCAAACUGAGAGCCCACUAUUCCUUGCCACCAAAGCCGUGCGGGGAUUGCUGUGUCCAUUACUUCUGCUUUUAUUGCGCUCUUUGUCAAGAGCACCGCGAGCUCAAAAACCGUGGAUUAGACCCUGAAGGAGGUUGGGUAGCAGCCGAGGCUAAUGCUAAGAAAUUGAGGGGCAGAACCACAGCACCUCCAGUUCCUUCACCAGGCAUGACUCGUUAGGGCUUGCUUUCAUGGCUGUUCUUCAUUCGUACUAAUGUUUAGUUUGUAAUUUGUUCCUUUGAUGAUAUCUCAAGACCUAGUGCGCGCAUUUUCUUGUUUUUCUCAAUUUCUUUAGGUUUAAAACAUCUCUGUGUUGUACCCGAAAUUCAAUUGUGUUU